AUGGAGAGCAUGAAAUUAUUGAUAUCUUCACCUGAUCACAAUAGGGAUCUUGCCACUUUGGUGGUUGCAUACGGUAUUAGCAUCAACCUCGUCGAAGUUGCAUGGAAAUUGAAGCUCCAUGCACAGAUAAGAUUCUAUGUCAAGAAUAGCAACAUUCGUAUGAUGUUACUAAGUCAAUUUAUAUUUGACAAAUACGGAUGGGGAGGUGCUGCAAGAAUUACACCCACCGUCUUGCUUCUGACCGGAGUCGGUUUCUUUUCGUUGAUUCUAUUCAGUGAUCCACUCGUACCAGCUCUAGCUAAAUUCGGCAUGACCCCUCUUCUUGCAGCUGUAUACGUUGGUGCCAUGCAGAACAUUUUCAGCAAGGAUCGCUUGCAAACUCUACCCCAUACUUCGGAGGCAUACUCUGAUCAUUGUUUUCGCAUGGUUGUCGGCGGCCAAGUGGGUGACUUCUCAACUGGCACAGGAAUAGCAACAUUCGCUAUGAUGUUACUAAGUCAAUUUAUAUUUGACAAAUACGGAUGGGGAGGUGCUGCAAGAAUUACACCCACCGUCUUGCUUCUGACCGGAGUCGGUUUCUUUUCGUUGAUUCUAUUCAGUGAUCCACUCGUACCAGCUCUAGCUAAAUUCGGCAUGACCCCUCUUCUUGCAGCUGUAUACGUUGGUGCCAUGCAGAACAUUUUCAGCAAGGGUGCAAAGUACAGUUUAUUUUAUCCAUGCAAAGAAAUGGCCUAUAGUCCUUUAGACGAGGAGACAAGGUUCGGAAUCUUUACCCUAAACUCCGAAUCUUUUUUCAAACUUAUCGAUCAUUUAUGA